AUGCAAUUACUUGUUUUUAUUUUUGUUUUUUAUCAUCACCUUUUCUCUCUCUUCAUUUCUCCUUCAUUUCUCUCUUUCUCUUCUCUCCCUCUCUGUCUUCUCUCUUUUCUCUAUCUCCUCUCCCCUCUCUUUUCUUUCUCUUCUCUCCUCUAUCUCCUCUCCCCUCUCUUUUCUUUCUCUUCUCUCCUCUAUCUCCUCUCCCCUCUCUUUUCUUUCUCUUCUCUCCUCUAUCUCCUCUCCCCUCUCUUUUCUUUCUCUUCUCUCCUCUAUCUCCUCUCCCCUCUCUUCUCUUUCUCUCCCCUCUUCUCUUUCUCUCCCCUCUUCUCUUUCUCUCCCCUCUUCUCUUUCUCUCCCCUCUUCUCUUUCUCUCCCCUCUUCUCUUUCUCUCCCCUCUUCUCUUUCUCUCACCUCUUCUCUUUCUCUCCCCUCUUCUCUUUUUCUCUUUUCUCUCUCUUUGCUCCUCUUCUCUCUCUCAUUCUCCUCAGUGUUCAUUCUUUGUCAUCAAUUAUGCUUGCUUUUUUUCAUUUCCUGCCUUUCUUCCCUUCUCUUGUUUCUUGUCAACAAUUCCUCCCUUUUCUCUUCACUUCCUCCUCCUCCUCUUCAUCUUUCUUCUGUAGUCCUUUUCUUUCUUUCAUUAUUUCAUUUUUCUCUUUUUUUCUGUUUUCCUUUUUCUUCUUUACAUGUUUUUUUCUUUACAUGUUUUUUUUCUUUACAUGUUUUUUUUUCUUUACAUGUCUUUUUUUCCUUUACGUCUUUUUUUCCUUUACGUCUUUUUUUCCUUUACGUCUUUUUUUCCUUUACGUCUUUUUUUCCUUUACGUCUUUUUUUCCUUUACGUCUUUUUUUCCUUUACGUCUUUUUUUCCUUUACGUCUUUUUGA